UAAACCUUCUCCACGCCAAUAUUGCGCCGCUUUCACUGUUGAACAGAUAAAAAGUGUCGCGUUAGGGUAAUUUUUAAGUGGAUUUUGUAAUCAGCCAUGGAAGAACUCACGGCGUUCGUGUCGAAAUCCUUCGAUCAGAAAACCAAGGAGACCAGCAAGGAAAGCAUCACGUACAGGGAAGUUUUGGAGAGUGGUUUAGCCCGAGCCAGAGAGCUGGGAAACUCGGAGACCAGCCUUCAGGAGAUUACCGAAACCAACAACAACCAUUGUCCGGUACACCUUUACAAGGAGCACGUAGAGCUGGAAAAGGAGAAACUGAAGGAGUUUAACGUGACAAGGGCUUCUGACGGAAUUUAUGACUGCAAAGACAAAAAGGAGGAUGUGAAAUCAGAGGACGAGGACGCACAGAGUAAACUGAAGCAGAGACGGAGCAGGACAAAUUUUACAUUGGAGCAGCUGAAUGAACUGGAGCGGUUAUUUGAUGAAACGCAUUACCCGGACGCCUUCAUGCGGGAGGAGUUGAGUCAGAGGCUGGGGCUGUCUGAGGCCCGUGUGCAGGUAUGGUUUCAGAACAGAAGGGCGAAAUGCCGAAAACAGGAAAAUCAAAUGCACAAAGGGGUUAUUUUGGGCACUGCGAGUCACCUGGACGCAUGCAGGGUCGCUCCUUACGUGAAUAUGGGCGCACUAAGAAUGCCAUUUCAACAGGUCCAAGCUCAGUUACAGUUGGAGGGGGUUGGAACACACUCCCAUCCUCACCUGCACCCACACCUCGCCGCCCACGCUCCCUAUCUGAUGUUCCCGCCCCCACCCUUUGGAUUACCAAUCGCAUCGCUGGCAGACUCGGCCUCUGCAGCAGCCGCCGUGGUAGCGGCUGCCAAGAGCAAUAGCAAGAACUCCAGCAUCGCUGACCUGCGACUCAAGGCAGGACUUCUUGGAGGCCACUGGCUCAGCCCUUUCCAGGCACAGAUCACAGCCCCAGGACCAUACAAAAAUGUCUGGAUGUCUGUCUGAAAACCAGCGUUUAGGAGAGAAGACUUUAAAAAAGCAAAGGCAGACACAGAGUGAGGCUAGAGGUUGAACAAGUGCGUUUUAUGGACAGACAAUGAAACUUGGGAAUUUCAACCUCAGAGAGGAAAGAAAGAGACGGCCAUAUUUGCUUCCUACCACUGUGCCACUGCCUAGUGCACAUGUUCAUACAAAGGAUAGACCUUUUGGGGCUGGCCUCCAUUGUAACUGACAUACAUCUGUGUUGAUCACUGCCAUGAUAACCCUCCACUACAAUUCAUAUCUAAAGCCGUUAUUUGCAUUUUUAAUUUCUUUUCAUUCUGCUGUGGACAAAGACUGGAAACAGCAAUAACAUCAAUGGUACAAUCGCCUUGUUUUUAGGGGAAUUCUUAUGAUUAUUUCGGUUUUGGGAGGAAUUGUUAAGUUGCUGUUAUUUCCUCUGGGCAUGUGUAUGGACUUAAGCUUUCAUUCUCAUAUUUUAUGUGCUCUCUUUUCUAUGUGAUGUGUCCUGGAAUAGAAGUGAACCUUGCUUUUGCACUUCAGGUCUUGUAUCAAGGUGUUUACGAUCCUUAAUGCAAGAAUACUACUUUUAUUUAAGGGGGAAACUAUUGAACUAAUUUGGCUCUCAUUUCAAUGAAAUACAUUGAAAUGACUUUUUAUUUUCAAAAGCAGAAAAAGUAAAUGCAAUUUUGUAAUUUAAAAUUUUAUGGAACAUCAGUUUAACUGAAAUGCAAUUAUGUGCAGUUAAGUGCAAUACUGUAAAUAUUGAAAACUGAAUAUAGCAGUUGAUGUUUGGUAACUAACAAAUUGAUUUGAAGUUGUUGGGAAUUUUGGCACUGAUGUUGAUAUUUUCUUUGCCACAAACACAUCUUUCAAAGCUGUGUAAAGGAUAAUUUGCUAACUCAUUUGCAAUGUGCCAUGACUCCCUGAGGUUUAAUGGUAUACAAAUAUAGUUUUGUACACGUGCAUUAAAAGAGAUGUUGAUAUCACCAUAAGGCAGACAAGAAAAUUCAUUUCACGCAGUACAAAUAUAAUUCAAAUGCUCUAGGUUCACGGGUCAUUAAAGUGUGUGGUUUCAGCAUUAAAAAAUCUUCCACCAAAGACAACAAUUUGAUGACAGUAAUAUAGGUAGAAUUCUUUUAUUUAAUGCUCUGAAGUAAUUUACAGUAUUACAUACGAUUCAGCAACUGUACCCACAGUCUUUUUUUCCCUUCAUAUAAGCAAGAAGCUUGUUAUUAUACGGUUUCCUGAAAAAUAUCAACUUCAGUAUAAUAUGCUCAAGAAUUUGUUACCAAGGGAACAAAAACAGUAUUAUUUCCAUGACCAUACUAUGAAAAAUAUUUUCAGUUUGGACAUCAAUUGCCUUUGAAUUAGUAGAUCCUGGCCAGGUCUACCUCUAACAAUAUUGUGGGAUGUUUUUCGUUGUUUUCCACCAUUACCGUUGUUUAGGAAUGUUUCUUUAAUUGAAGUCAUAGGUGCUUUUAUUUAUUAUUUUAUCUGAAAGUUUAUACAUGUUAAAUAGUCAAAUUUCAAGUGUACAUAUUUACAUGGCUUUGCAUUUAUUUUUAUAUAUUUUUUAAAUGUUCACAUUUGCAACAGUUUUAAGCAAAAAUGUGACUGCAGUGCAUUUGUUUGAUGAAAAUGUAGCGUGUUUGAGUUUACAAACAUUUCAGGGAUGGUGGAUGAAACCAUAAUACUUUUGAAUAUGAUUUGUGUUGAGAGUUUCUUGAUGCUCCAAGGAAUUUGUUGUAUCCCAUCAUAUUGCAUAAUGCAAGCAUGCCCAAACAUGAUUCGCCAUUGAGGUUUUUUUCUUCUUCUGUUGUUUCACAAAAAAAGAAUGUACAUCUUGUACAAGUAAUCUAUCAAUAAAAGUUAUAAAUAUUUGUAAUAGAGUUUGUAACCCUU